AUGCCUCGGAACCGACAAUCUCAACAACGAGGGUCAUUGCUGUCCAAUAUUUCAUCUAUAUCGGGUGGUUAUGAUCCACAAUCACCAUUACUAACAGCAGGUAAUUCUGAUGAAUUUUCGUUUCGGACUAGAUUGCAGAAUGAUGGAACAAUAGGAACCAAUCUCAAAAAUAAUAAUAAUCUGGGAACGCCGACUAGGGCCAAUAAUAAUUAUUGGAAUAAUAAUCAAAAUAAUAUCACUAGAAAUAGUCCGAACGCUUCUUUGAGAGGAGAGUCACCAGUAACAAUAUCAAGCUUUGAAAAAGAACGACAUUUAAAAAAUCCAAUUCAACCAUCGUUAACAAAGGAUGAAAUUGCAGUUGAGGAAAGGUUGGAACGAAUUGAAUCAUAUUUAAAAACAGGAAGCUUUGUGGAUACAAAACAUCAUGACAUGAACUACACACCUCAGGUAAAGAAUGACAAGGAGCAAGACAAUAGUUUAUAUUCAUUAAUUGAGCCCUCACUCAAAAAGAGCCCUAUAUCCAGAAAAUCCACAAGCUCGCCUUCCUCUGGAAAUGAUAAGAAAUCCCAAAAAACUCCCACAACUCCAAUUGCAGAUUUAUUUUCAAUAGGAACUUUGCCUUCGUCGUCUCCGUCGAAUAAGAGAAAAACAGAGAGUGCGUUUAAUGAUAACUUGCUGGAAGCAAAAACUUCACAGCAGUCAACAAAGAAAACUGAGGGAAAAGAAAAACCCUCAAUGUCCACAAUGGAUACCAAAAUACCUCCUCUGCCGUAUCACAAAAAAUUAGUUCGAGCUCAAUCUAAUGAUUCCAAUUUGAUGAAAGAAAUGAAAAUUGAAUUUGAUGUACUUGAUAAGAGAGGGAAAUUUGUAAUGAACCGAGUUGAACCUCGAAAAUCUAAUGUUGUAAUUGAGCCGCAAACUGCUCGAACCUUACAACGAAAGAAGGCAGACUUACGAAAAGCAAUUGAGGAAAUUCAAGAGCAUGUUUAUUCGCCGUCUGCGGCCUUACAUUCAUUUAAGCAAAAUAGCUCCACGAGCUUAACCUCUAAUUCAGCACCAUUUUCAAACACUCCUCUCCUUAAUAAGGACAGCAUUCGAAAUAUAUUUACACAAUCGAUAUACAUGACCAAACGCAACACCUCUGAUAUUGCCUCUCCAACUCACCAAAGAAAUUUAAAUAAUCGAUUUAUUGAAGCAACAGUCACUAGUUUUACAAACAACAACGAUUCUGCCGAAGACGCUCAGAGAAAGCAAGAGAAACCAAUCUCCUCGAAAUUUGGGGAGCAAUACGAGUUUGAAUCUCUGGAGAGUCUGUUGUUGAAUGAAUGUCCAGAACCAGUAACCUCAGCGACCAUGGUUGCCUUUCCUGCCAAAAGAAAAUUGUGCUUAUUUGGUGGCAUGACGGACACGGGACCUACCAACGAUACAUGGCUUUUUGAAAUUGGACUUCAGAAAUGGAUUCGAGCUCAACCUUUGCUAUCCUAUGAAACCAAAAAGAAAACCAAUGAGACCAUGAAUGCAGCAUCAUCGUCACACAACAACUCGGUAAAACCUUCCAAACGGUUUGGUCAUUGUGCAGCUGCAUACGACUCGAAUACCAUGUACAUGUUUGGUGGAGGAGAUUUGGAAAGGAGAAUUCUUUAUAAUGAUUUAUGGGUGUUUAAACCAGAUCCUUUUCCCGUAUGGAAAUGUAUCAGUAGUAACAACAAUAACACAUCUCAAGGAAUGCCCUGCCCUAGAAUUUAUAGCGUUGGAGUCGUUGCAGAUGAUUUGUUUUUUGUACAUGGAGGAGAAGGAGCGAAUUUUAAACCCCUGAGUGAUUUGUGUGUAUUCAGUCGAGCGAAAAACGAAUGGAUUCCCAUCCUUAAUAGUUUUCCACGACCUUCUGCACGUUUUCUACAUACAGCAACUUUAUUGGACAAUCACAAAAUGGUCAUUAUUGGUGGAAAUAACAAUACUGAUGAAAUGUCAGAUACGGUUUGGAUUAUGGACACUCGAUCUCUAUUUUGGAAAGAAGUCAAGAUGAAAAAUGUUGGACCAUUCGCCAAAGGACCUCUCUAUGGACAUACUGCAUCGGUGUGGGGUAAUAGGAUUUUAGUUUUUGGAGGAGUUAAUGGAAAAACUCGUCUCAAUAACGAGAAGGUAUGGCUUCUCGAUUUGGAAGCCAAUUACUGGGUAGAUAUUUCUGACAAGUGGCAAGCAUUUUCUGAAUUACCUACUGCACGAUUUAAACAUGUGACAGCCUCUGACUUUUAUUCUCACAUUAGCUGCAACACCUAUCGAGCGAAUGCUAGAGACGAAUUAAUUGAGCUCUCCAAACAUCAAAUUUCUCGAUAUUCUGAAAAAUCAGACUGUACUCGAUCCUAUGACACGACACUUCUUCGAAUGCCCACUGACACUCAUUUACAAAAGAUGACACGAUUAUAUAUUUUUGGAGGAAUGCAAAAUAACAAACGCCUUAAUGAAUUGUGGGACGUUUCAUUGACAUUUUCACCAAUUCAUAGUGCAAACUAUGAAAGAAGAAAUCGAAUAGAAUGA